AUUUCUUCAAAUCUUACAACACUGCUCUACUCAUCUCUGUCGAUAUCUUAAAACAUCGAGUAAAAAGAUCGAUUUUACAAAAUAAAGCAUCGAUUCCAAGAAUCGAUGUGAUAUCGCUAGGUUUCGAAGUAGGUUAUAUACAAGUGUUUCAAUCGUGGUGUUUAUUGUGCGCGGGUAAAAUGCCAAUAACAUAAAAUUUUGUAUUUAGAAGACUAUUUGUUGAUGAAUAGUGACGAAAGAGUGUUACAGUUUCACACAAAUAAUAAAUUUUGUACGUAAGCAUAGUCUCCGAAGAUUUUGUGCGUUUUUCCAAUUGAGGUUAUAUAUAUAUAUUCCUCAAAAUGAAUGAAAAACAGAAGGUGUUAAUUUGUGGAGACGUAGAGGGUCAUUUUAAAUUUUUAUUUAAUAAAGUUGAAUCUAUAAAUAAAAAGAGCGGCCCCUUCGAUUUUUUACUAUGUGUGGGAAAUUUUUUCGGGAAAGAUAAUAUAGAACUUGAGGUUUAUAAAAAUGCUGCCAAACACAUUCCAGUUCCAACGUAUAUUAUUGGCGCGAAUAGAGAGUCGGAUUUAAAAAAUUAUCCAGAUGAAGAUGGUUGUGAAAUAUGUCAGAAUCUUACUUAUCUAGGAAAACGGGGUGUGUACAGUGCUACAUCAGGACUCAAAAUCGCAUAUGUUAGUGGUACAGAAAGUAAUUCUGAAUUAAAGUCUACUUAUUUCAAUGAAAGCGAUGUUGUGGCAAUUAAGAAUUCUUGCUUAAGAGGUCAACCAAGUUUUCGAGGCAUUGACAUACUAUUAACAUCUCCUUGGCCUGCUGGAAUUACAAAUUUGGAUCCUAAUAAACCGAAUCUUACUUAUCAGGGUUCAAAAUUAAUUGCAUGGUUAGCUGCACAAGUAAAGCCAAGGUAUCAUGUGUCAGCGUUAGAAGGAAUUCAUUAUGAAAGACCACCAUAUAGAAAUCAAAGUCAACAGGAUGGCAAUAUUGAAAUAGCGACAAGAUUUAUAGCGCUUGCACCUGUAGCGAACACUCAAAAGAAGAAAUGGUUAUACGCAUUGAAUUUGACUCCUGUCGAUAGAACACGUUUAUCUGACUUGGUCAUGAAAACAACAGACGAAACAGAAAGUCCUUACUCUAAAUCAAUAUUAUCGAACCAGCCUAGUGCGCAAAAAGAAGAAACAAAAUGCACACAAUAUUUUUAUGAUAUGGAAUCCAAAGAUACAACAAAGAGGUCAAAACAUUCAGAAGGACAUAAUAAAAGACCAAAACUAGAAUUUGAUCAAGCAAAAUGCUGGUUCUGCUUAUCGAGUCCUGAAGUUUCCAAGCAUUUGGUAAUAUCAGUUGGAACAGAAAACUAUGUUGCUCUAGCCAGAGGUGGGUUAGUCGAAGAGCACUUUUUAAUUUUACCAAUAACACAUCAUCAAAGCCUUUCUAUUUUACCAAAAGAUGUGAAAGAAGAAAUGGAUCAGUAUAAAAAUGCUAUUGCAAAAUAUUAUAAUACUGUAGAUAAGGUACCUGUAUUCUUUGAAAGGAAUUUUAAAACUUCUCAUUGUCAGCUGCAAGUCAUACCUGUUCACAAAAACCUAGCACCUGCUUUAAAGGAAACCUUUAUGGAAAUGGCAGAAUGUAAUAAUUUCAAAAUUACUGAAUUACCACCGCAUACAAAUUUGCAACAAAUUGCAAAGCCAGGUGUUUUGUACUUUUAUGUAGAAUUGCCAAGUGAAGAAAAGUUAUUCUAUAGAAUUAAAAAAGAUUUCCCACUUCAAUUUGGACGGGAAGUAUUAGCAGCUGACAGAAUAUUAGAUAUGAGUGACAGAAUUGACUGGAAAGAUUGUCAAAUGACCAAGGAAGAAGAAAUUGAACUUGCAAACAGAAUUAGAAAAGAAUUUCAACCAUUUGAUUUAGAUAUAUGAAAUGUUAUAAUGAAUCAACAAAUGUAUAUACUGUAAUAUAUGUACAUAAAUUUUUCCUUUAAAUUUAUACAAAAAUAAUUUUUUUUUGUAGAAAUAAUCAUACUAUUAUUAUCCAUUUAGUGUUCCAUUUUUUUGAUACUUUAACUCAUAAUCUUCAGGAGUCGCUAGAGUAUCUAAUCCGUCUCUUUUCAUUUGUAAUGCUAUCUCAAACAAGUAAUCAUAACAUUCUGUCCUAUAAAAUAAAUAUAAUAUAUUUUAAUGCAGAGAGAGAAACAAAAAUAAUACAGUCAUUAUAAAUAAAUAGUA